CUAAAGGGGGCACAGGGCGGGGUGGGGGGCGCUUGCCCUGCUGCCCCCUCAUGAGGGGUGCGGAGGUUUGAGUGCUGCUCACCUGCCCUGGGCCCCGCUGUACCGCAGCGCCUCCAUCAGGGGCUCCCGGGCUCGCAGGGCAUGCGAGGGGGUGACAGAGCCCGGGUGGGGGCACAGCUCUGCCCUGGUUCCUGCAAACCUGAGCUCCACGCAGCGCUUGUGUUCUGUAGGUACAGAGAAACCAGGCCAGUGGCACGGCUCUGGAUGCUGGUGAUGUGCUCACAUCUCGCUUUGUUCUCCCCUGAUCAAAGCCUCGCUGAUGGAUUUGUUCUGGUAACUUUCCGUUGUGUUGAGGUUCAGACAAACCUCUGACAGGAUGCUGGGAUUUCUGAAGGAGCCAGUUGUGGUCACUGCAAAGAUCAACGUGAGCCUUGUGGCACUGACUGUGAUGGGAUUGAUGAGUCGUCUCUGGGGGCUCUGCUAUCCACGGGCUGUGGUUUUUGAUGAAGUUUAUUACGGCCAGUUUGUUUCCCUCUACAUGAAGAGGAUCUUCUUUGUGGAUGACAGUGGCCCACCCUUUGGCCACAUGCUGCUGGCCUUGGGAGGUUACUUAGGAGGAUUUGAUGGAAACUUCCUAUGGAACAGGAUUGGAGCUGAGUACAGCAUCAAUGUUCCUGUGUGGUCCCUGCGACUCCUGCCAGCCCUGGCUGGUGCUCUCUGUGUGCCUUUGGCCUACCAGAUUUUGGCUGAACUGCAUUUCUCCCACUGUGCUGCACUUGGAGCUGCUCUUCUGAUUCUCUUAGAAAACUCUCUGAUCACUCAAUCAAGGUUCAUGCUUCUGGAAUCAAUAUUGAUUUUUUUUAUCCUGCUUGCAGUUUUGUCCUACCUGAAGUUCUACAAUUUGCAAAAGCACAGUUCCUUCUCUGGAAGCUGGUGGUUUUGGCUCCUGCUGACUGGAGUAGCCUGUUCUUGUGCAGUUGGAGUGAAAUAUAUGGGCCUGUUUACCUAUAUGCUGCUCUUGGCCACUGCAGGACUCCACUUCUGGCACAUGAUAGGAGACCAGAACUUGUCAAAUGUUUCCUUGCUGUGCCAUUUUCUGGCCCGGGGUCUGGCCCUCAUCAUCAUCCCCAUGGGGCUCUACCUCUCCUUCUUCUACGUUCACUUGGCUUUGCUCUAUCGCUCUGGGCCUCACGACCAGAUCAUGACAAGUGCUUUCCAAGCCAGCUUAGAGGGUGGGCUGGCUCGAAUCACCCAGGGUCAGCCCUUAGAGGUGGCCUAUGGCUCCCAGAUCACCCUGAGGAACGUGCUGGGCAAGCCCAUGCAGUGCUGGCUCCACUCCCACACCAACACUUACCCCAUCAGGUAUGAGAAUGGCAGAGGGAGUUCCCAUCAGCAGCAGGUGACCUGCUAUCCCUUCAAGGAUGUCAACAACUGGUGGAUUGUCAAAGAUCCUGGAAUGCAGCAGCUGGUGGUGAGUAACCCCCUCCGGCCCGUCAGGCACGGGCACAUCGUGCAGCUCGUCCAUGGCAUCACAACUCGCUACCUCAACACGCAUGAUGUUGCUGCUCCUCUUAGCCCUCACUCCCAAGAAGUUUCCUGCUAUAUUGAUUAUAACAUCUCCAUGCCAGCACAGAACCUCUGGAGAGUGGAAAUUGUAAAUCGUGAGUCUGACACGGACGUGUGGAAGACAAUUCUGUCAGAAGUGAGGUUUGUUCACGUGAACACCUCUGCAGUGCUAAAGCUCAGUGGAGCAUCUCUGCCUGAGUGGGGAUACCGGCAGCUGGAGGUGGUGGGAGAGAAGCUGUCCAAAGGCUACCACCAGAGCAUGCUGUGGAAUGUGGAAGAGCACAGAUAUGGCAAAAGCCAAGAGCAAAAAGAGAGGGAAGUGGAACUUCACUCCCCCACACAGAUGGACAUCAGUAAAAACCUCAGUUUCAUGGCAAAAUUCACAGAAUUGCAGUGGAAAAUACUGACAUUAAAAAAUGAAGACACAGAACAUAAGUACAGCUCCUCUGCCCUGGACUGGAUCACCAUGGACACCAAUAUUGCCUACUGGCUCCACCCCACCUCGGGGGCCCAGAUCCACCUCCUUGGGAAUGUUGCCACCUGGGCUUCAGCUAAUGCUGCUGCUCUGCUGUACCUGUGUCUGUCCCUGUGGUACUUGCUGCGGCGGAGGAGGAGGAUCUACGACAUCCCUGAAGAUGCCUGGCAGCUCUGGAUGGCAGCAGGAGGCAUCUGUGGUGGAGGCUGGGCUGUGAAUUACCUGCCUUUCUUCCUGAUGGAGAAAACACUUUUCCUGUACCACUACCUGCCUGCUGUCACAUUCCAGAUUCUCCUGAUUCCUGUGGUACUGCAGCAUCUCAGUGAUCAUCUCUGCAGAUCUGUGCUGCUCAAGAGCAUGUUCAGUGCCCUGGUUGUGGCCUGGUUCUCCUGGGUGUACUUUGUGUACUGCACCUUCAGCCCCCUGACCUACGGGCAGCCCGCGCUGGCGCCCGCGGAGCUCAGGGCCCUGCGCUGGAAGGACACCUGGAACAUCCUGAUCAGAAAGCAGUGACCACUCCAGCCUGGCUGCAGCAAGGGAAACACUUGUGCAAAGCCAAGAAUUUAUUGUUAGUAUCAUGGAAAUCUUAACAGUCACUUCAGGUAUUUGGUAGUAGUCCUGAUCUAAUGAUUACAGGAGGAAAUAAAGGAAUGCUGUUACAGAAAAAGGCUCAGCAGUAAUACAGCUGUUCUGAGCACAGUUGCCAGUUUCUGCCCUUCUUACAUUCACCCCUCACUGCCCCUCAGGGUGUGAAGGUUGCUGCCUUCAGUCAACAGCAUCCCAGCUCCUUUGCUGGGCAGAGCUGCAAGAAUUUCUUCUCUUUCCUGGAAAUACUGUGGUGGUUUCUUCCUUCUGGCACUACAUUGCACUUAGGGCCAUUUCAUGUGUUUCCUAUCACUGUGGUCUGCAAUCCCAUUAUAUGCUUACUAUAAAUGGACUCUUUCCAACACAUCCGACACUUUUUUCUGUUUUCUUUGUUAUGCCUGAAACCUGGGUUUUCCCUCUCCAAAGCUGUUCAUCUUUAACAAUCAGUAACUGGCCCUGCAGCCUUACAGCAUCAUUCCAUGACUCCACUCCUCAACAAUGCAUUAUUUGCCCCCAACUUCCAAUGCUCUGCUAUCAUUUCUAUUUAUGUAAACACAGCAUUAAGCUACAUUUAUAAAUAGUUCGUUCUGCAUAGAAUAAUGACUUGUUACUAUUAUCUAUUUAUAAUCAUCUGACAUAAGCAUCACUUUUAAGAAGAUAAGCAAAAUAAAAAGACAUUAAAAGAUUGCUGUUACAGCUAAAGAAGGCUUCAGGCAAGCCAGGAAUUGAGCCAAAGCUGGAAUAAUCCUUUGGCCAUGUGGCACUGAUGUGAGGCCUGAGGCCUGUUACCAGCAGUGCCAGUAUUGCCAUUACACCUCAGAUCCCAUGGGAAAGGGAACUCUGGGCAGGGUAGGACUGAUCCUGCUGACAAGGAAACCUGCUCCAGCUUGUGCACAUGGGUUCAGGGUGAAAACACUGAAACCCAGCCCGUGGCCAGGCCUGCACCAGCACAGAAUUCACAGAGGUGAAGGUGAAGCACUGGGGACUCAGUGGGGAAUUUGUCACGGCUCUGCCCCGGUGUCUGAGCAAGGCUGUAGUACCUGGGCCACAUUCCAUUGCUGUAUUUCCAUGUGGCUGCAGCAGCAGGUCCUGCAGGGCAGCACAAAGCUGCCAGAGCAGCAUUCCCACACCCCAGGGGCUGUGCAGUUCCUCACUGCUCUAAAAAAUUCUAUUCAAGGCUCCCCCACCCUUGAGGAAGGUAUGUUCCAACACCACAGUCAUUCAGAGCAGGUUUUUGCUCCUACUGCAAUCAGCCCUGAGAGCUAAUGCUUCAGGGCAGUAGCUCAUGCUCUAAGUCUGUCACCCUGAGCUAGACAGCAGCCAGCAGGAAAUGCUCUGCCUUCUCCUGGGCACUGCACAAGUACCACUGAACUGUCACUGAGACACCAACCCUCCACCCCUUCCCAAGGCUGAAAAUACUAUAGGGAUGGAAGUGCAGACUCAUUGCUUAAGUUUGGGUUUUUUCUCUAAAUUUUCAGCCAGAACAGAACCAAAAGUAACAAUUCUGAGUUAAGGGGAGAAAGAACUGUUGAGUAUAAAAGCCCCUCCAGCAGUGUUCCUUUCUGUGCCUUUUUGCUGGCAGUGUGAAUGUACCAGAAUUACCUUUUAUAAAAAUGGUCAUUUCUGAUCACUGUUCAUUUAUUUAUUAGCCAAAGUAACACACCCACAACCAACACAGCCAAACCCUGCUUUUAGAAAAUUACCAAAUAUGAAAAAGUUCCUCUUAGUAACAUUUCCCUCCCACCCUCAUUCUCAAAAUUACACCUUAAGUCCAGACUCAAGAACAGUAUCACAAGGACAUUUUCAAAGGUCCAACCAGCACUUCAUUGCAGUUUUUCCCAAACAGACUCUUCAUGCUGCUGCAGUAUCACUUAUCUGGGGUAAACUAC